AUGGCCUUCCAUAAGGUUUCUCCAAGUUCGCACUCUGUUACUAUUCCUCAUGUGAAAGUCAACCACAUACAUAGAACUUCCUACCAUUUCCAACCCAAACAAAACUGGAUCAAUGACCCAAACGCACCAAUGUAUUACAAGGGAUUUUAUCAUUUCUUCUGUCAAUACAAUCCCAAAGGUGCGAUUUGGGGAAACAUUGUGUGGGCCCACUCCGUAUCAAGAGACAUGAUCAACUGGAUGUCGUUAAAACCAGCAAUUGUACCAUCAAGAUGGUUUGAUAAAUACGGGUGUUGGUCUGGAUCUGCCACGAUCCUACCCGGAGAUAGACCCGUAAUUUUGUAUACCGGAGUCAUAAAUGAAAAGCCCGAUCCGGGUUACCAAGUCCAAAAUUACGCGAUACCCGCCAAUUAUUCGGAUCCGUACCUCGAGAAGUGGAUUAAACCGAACGACAACCCUAUCCUCAAACCGACUAAAGAAAUCAAUGUAUCAUCGUUUCGUGACCCUUCAACGGCUUGGUUCAAUAACGGUUAUUGGAAAAUGUUGAUUGGUAGUCGACACUACGAUCGAGGGAUUGCUUACUUGUAUCGAAGCCGGGAUUUUGUUAAGUGGACACGUGUCGAACACCCGUUUCAUGAUAAACCGGGUACAGGUAUGUGGGAAUGCCCCGAUUUUUACCCGGUAUCGUCUCCCGGUCGUAAAAACGGGUUGGACACUUCGAUGUUGCACGAAGAUGCUAAAUAUGUUUUCAAGGUAAGCCUUGACGAGACUAGAAAUGAAUACUACACAAUCGGAGAGUAUGACAUGGCGAACGACCGAUAUCUCCCCUAUAAUACAUCAAUUGACGGUUGGGCUGGGUUACCAUAUGAUUACGGAAACUUCUACGCGUCGAAAACGUUCUUUGAUCCCGUCAAGAAACGAAGGAUUUUGUGGGGUUGGGCUAAUGAGUCGAGCACAGAAGAUGAAGACAUUGCCAAAGGAUGGGCAGGAAUUCAGUUGAUUCCACGGAUGAUUUGGUUGGACCCUAAAGGGAAGCAAUUGCUACAAUGGCCGAUUCAAGAACUAGAAACCCUAAGAAAUCACAAGAUGAAGUUAAGGAAUGUGAAGCUAAAUAAGGGAGAUAUCAUAAAAGUAGAAGGAAUUACCGGUGCUCAGGCCGACGUGGUGGUCCGCUUUACAUUUGCGAGUUUGAGUAAGGCGGAGGAGUACAAUCGGAACUGGGACGACAAGUUUCCGCCACAAGAUCUCGCGAAAGACAUAUGUGGGAUCAAGGGCGCCACUGUGCAAGGUGGACUAGGACCAUUCGGGAUUUUGACACUCGCCUCCAAGAAUCUUGAAGAAUACACUCCGGUUUUCUUUCGGGUUUUCAAGACUCGUGAUCACGAGAGAUACAAAGUUCUCAUGUGCUCCGAUGCUACUCUAUCUUCGAACAACAAGGAUGAAUACAAGCCAUCAUUUGGAGGGUUUGUGGGUGUUAAUUUAACCGAUCAUAGGAAGCUUCGGCUUCGGAGUUUGAUCGAUCAUUCAGUCGUGGAAAGCUUUGGAGAAGGCGGAAAAACGGUGAUCACGUCUAGGGUUUAUCCGAAAAUGGCAGUGGCUGGGGACGCACACUUAUUCUUAUUCAAUAAUGGUAGCGAGACUGUAACCGUUGAGAGAUUAAAAGCUUGGUCCAUGAAGGCGUCUGCUAUGAACUGA